AUGGAAUAUGGUACUUGGCAAAUGUUCGCCGAUGGACGUGCUGCUCCCACUUUUGAACCAGCUCGAGUCGCAUUUCCUUGCGGCGUUGAACUAUGCCGUGAAUGCAAAGGCCAAACCUUCCAUGUGGCAGCGCUUCAAGGCUCUAGACCAGAGCCACAUUGGCCGGUUCGAAGGCAUCAUGUCGUGCGACGUGCAGCCUGUUGCCCGGCCUUGCACACCGGUCGUGCAAUCAUUCUUAGCUACUCCACCAUUGCUGGCGAUGUAUGGCGUUGCUCCGCCCGACUUGGCUCCUUUACAAACCCCACGGUAUGUCACGUAUCCGUCGUACCGCCCAACGCCUGCCACUCCAAUGUCCAUGGAUGCAGGCGCCGUGUCGUUUUUGCCUACGCCGCUGAUUUCUGCCUGGAGGCCUCCGUGCAAACGAAGACGUCUUGGCACCAUGUACUAGGCCCCUUUCCAUCUACAUAG